AUAGGAGUUCAAGUUUCCGGUACGCAAGCGCAUUAGGUUGGACCGGCGUUCUCGUCUUCUGUUACGAAUAUUCCACUUUUCUGUUGAAACGUAGCUACUCGUUUAGCCGACAGGCUAUUCAACAUCCAUGUAAUCCGAUGUCCAGAUCGAUUCGUGGCCAUGCAGUUGUCACAUGUCGAUCUUCCGCGUUUUUGUUUUUACAUAAUUUUCUCAUUAUCGGUAACGAUAACUGGCGUGGAAUAGUUCGUCGCCUGUAACACGCUCGAACGUCGCGAGAGAUCGAUACCCCUGAGACAGUAACGUAGCCUUACGCUAGCGGAUUUCGUCAAUAUUUCUAAUACAUCAAGCAUACAAGAGGGAGUUCGAUGCAACCAGCUAUUCUUGUAACAUGCUUCGGAGCGUUCCGGUUGUCUGUUUCAAAACGUCAUCCUAGGUGAUCGUUUGUUCGCGAAAAUAAUUUCUGUAAAUACGGUUCACCACCGAUCAAAGGUGGUGAUGAGAAGAAAGCAUUCGCAGUAAUGGCGUCGGCAUUGGAGCAGUUUGUAAAUAAUGUGCGGACGCUUUCGAAACAAGGUAAUUUUCGAGAACUAUGUGAAAUAAUAAGUAAAAGCACAGAUGUGUUAAUAAAAAAUGGACAGCACCUAGAUAACGUUCUGGAAACGUUAGAUCUGCAACAACAUUCUUUAGGUAUCUUGGCAGUGCUGUGUGUGAAAUUUUCACUGUCUAAUCCUAGUGGUGCGAAUACUGCAGACACUUACAAACCAUUAUUUAAUCAGGUUCAAGAAUUUAUCAUUGGUUGUAACGGAGAGCAAGUUAGAUUUGCUCCUGAUACAUAUGCAGAAUUAUGUCAUUUAUUUACACAAAAAUUAGUUGAAUUGCAAAUACCUUUGCGUGGUAUUGAAUUAUUGUGUCGUGCAAUACGUAAAAUUCAACUUUUUGGUAGCCAACUAACUUCUAUACAUGCUGAUCUCUGCCAACUAUGUCUUUUGUCUAAAUGUUUCAAACCUUCUCUUGAAUUUCUUGACAUAGAUAUUACGGGCAUCAGUCAAGAAGGAGGGCAAUUUGAUUCAAAAUACUUUUUGCUUUAUUAUUAUUAUGGUGGUAUAAUAUACACAGCACUGAAGAACUAUAAUAGAGCAUUAUACUUUUUUGAAGUAUGUGUUACAACACCUGCAAUGGCAGUUAGUUACAUUAUGUUAGAGGCCUACAAAAAGUACAUCCUGGUCUCUUUAAUAAUGCAUGGGAAAGUUCUAAACCUACCUAGGUACACGAGUCAAGUGGUCAAUAGGUACAUGAAGCCUCUGAGUCAACAAUAUCAAGAACUGGCCACAGCUUAUCUAAUGAAUAGCUGCGAAGAAGUACAGAAGGUUAUCACCAAAUAUCAACAACUUUUUACAAGAGAUCACAAUAUGGGACUUGUAAAACAAGUGCUCAGCUAUUUGUACAAGAAAAAUAUACAAAGGUUGACAAAGACUUUUUUGACGCUUAGUUUAAGUGAUGUGGCAAGCAGAGUUCAACUCGCUGGACCUGCUGAUGCAGAAAGAUACAUAUUAAACAUGAUCGAAGAUGGAGAGAUUUUUGCAACAAUUAAUCAAAAGGAUGGUAUGGUAGUGUUUCAUGAUGAUCCAGAAAAAUAUAAUUCACCGCAAAUGUUGGCAAACCUAGAGAAGGAGAUGGCGACAUGUAUGGAAUUAGAUAAGCGAGUACUUGAAAUGGAAGAAGAAGUUGUUCUCACACCACAAUAUGUUCGAAAAGCAUGCGGGCAAAAUGAUCAAGAUGAUCAGACAGCUGGACCUGCUCCAACAAAUGUUACAAAUGUGCAAGGUCAAUCUAAACAUAACGCCUAUUCCAUGUAACAUAUACACGUCGUUGUGCGUUAUCUUUAUUAAAAAACAGAAAACAAA